UUAGAGUCAUUUGCCUUCUUGUCGUCACUAGAGCAUGGAGGACAGAAGAUGAACACUACGGAGACUGCUGUCUACAGACUUUCUCUAACAUCUCUGAGCCCCUAGUCUUUAGGUCAGCAUGGUGACUCUGAAACAGAGUGUGGAGGACCCAGAUGACUGCAGCUCUCCUCUGCUGCCUGACGUUGACUUCACUGAGAUAACACCUGUUACAGUUACACACAGGAGACCUAGACCUGACACCAGGGAAAUGCUACUCAGCAGGACUAACAACCUAGCUUUGAGUCUGGUGCUGCUGGUGGGAUGCUACUCUGCUGUCCUGGUCCCUGCUCUUAUACCUUCAGACCCUCUGUCAGGGGCUAACGACAGCCAACACACUGACAUGGUCAUACUAAACCGCUCUGCCUCCCUGCUUGUGCAGCCCUGCCAGCCAGGCCGGUGUGUGUCUCGUCUCCUCUCCCUGGACUCCUCCUCAGACCUCCAGGACAUCCCUGUGUUCCUCCAGCAGGGGGUAGCAGCAGACAGGCCUAUUCCCUGGGACCUGCCUCCUCCUCUGGGCCUCCAUGGCUGUGACGAGAGUGUGGCUAGGGCCCUGGCCUCUCUAACCCACCCCGGCCUGCCCCCAUACCUGGAGGGGAGAGGUGAGAGUGGGUGCUGUAGGAGGUGUGUUGUGGUGGGUAGCGGAGGGGUGCUACAUGGCAGCAACCUGGGAUCCCAUAUCGACCAGUAUGAUGUCAUCAUCAGGAUGAACAACGCCCCAGUGUCAGGGUUUGAGAGGGACGCAGGCUCCAGGACCACCGUCCGUCUGAUGUACCCAGAGGGAGCUCCCCUUUCCUCCAGCGAGUACAGACACACCUCCUUGGUUACACUGGUGGUCUUCAAGUGCCUGGACCUGGACUGGCUCACCUCCAUCAUCACCAAACAGCCUCUGAGCUGGUGGUCCAAGCUGUGGUUCUGGAGAGACGUGGUGGAGAACAUUCCUCUGAAGCCGGAGAACAUCCAGAUACUCAACCCAGAGAUCAUGCACAAAACGGGCCUGGCACUGCAGAGAUACACGCAGCAACAGAGGAAGUUGAUUCCUACGAUAGGUGCCAGUGCGGUGGUGAUGGCCCUACAGCUGUGUGAUGAGGUGAGCCUGGCAGGGUUUGGUUAUGACCUGCAGCAUCCCAGUGCCAGACUGCACUACUACGAGAGACUAUGUAUGGACGCCAUGAAGGCCCAGGUGGUACAUGAUGUGAGCGCUGAGAAACUCUUCCUCAGAGAGCUAUUGGCUGCAGGCGUCUUGACUGACCUCACAGGGGCACUGUGACAGAGAGACAGUACCAGGGAUGGACCCAGUUCUAGCAGUUGUGGUUGGUAUGUUAACUGCCUAGCUCAAGGGCAGAACGGCAGAUUUUUCCACCUUGCCGGCUCGGGGAUUCGAACCAGUGACCUUUCUUAGCAACCCCUGGUCCCUACUAUGAUGAUUCAACCAAUCAAGGCUUAGUUGAAGAAUGUACUAUUAUUAUUAUUAUUAUUUACUAUAUUACGCACUAUAAAAAUGUAUGCACACAUUACUGUAAGUCGCUUU